AUGUCUCCAACAGGCGAUAAAAAUGUUGUUCAUCGUCCAGGUGCUCUUAAACAACAAAAUAAAGCAUUUAAAACUGGUCGUCAUCGAUCUCAACAUGAAAUAAAACGAAGCACUCAAGGUCGAGUUGCCGAUAAAAAACAUGCACGUAGUUUAAAACGUUUGGGUGUAACACCAAAACAAAAUCGAGUUAAUACAGCAGUUCAAAUUCGAAAACAAAAACUUCAAGCAAAUAAAGAAGCAAGACAAACUAUUGGUGCUAUUGAUGGAGUUCCACAGAUUAUUACAGUAAUACCUUUAUCAUCAGAUGUGAAUGUAUUUUCAAUAAUAGAAUUAUUAACCAAUUCAAUUGAUGAUACUAAAUCAUCUGAUAUAGCAACAGAAUGUGGUGCAAGAAUUUAUACAUGUCCAAAACUUCGUUCAAAAUUUUGUUUUUUAACUCCACCACCAACAAAUCUCGAAAAUAUUCUUGAUGCUGCAAAGUUGUCCGAUACAAUUAUUUAUGUAAUAUCAGCAUCAAGUGGUAUAUCAAUUGAAGGAGAUUAUUUACUUGAUUUAAUAAAUGUUCAUUGUUUACCUGGAAGUAUAAUUUAUUCGGUUGUCUCAUCGUCAACAGAUGAUUCAAUGUCAGUAACAUCAUCAACAUCGCGUCAUUCAUUAUCUCGAAAUUUAGAAAGAUUUCUUCAAAAAAGAUUUGCAAAUGUUAAAUUAGUUCCAUUAGAUAAUGAACAAGAUGGUCAACGUCUUUUAAGAAAAUUAACUGAACAAAAAUUAACUAAACCAACAAAAAAAUGUUUGAGACCUUAUUUAUUUGCUCAAACAUAUUCUUAUGAAAAUCCAAAAUCAUCAAUAAGUACAUUAAAAUUAAGUGGAUAUUUACGUGGUAUACAUUUAUCUCCAAAUGAACUUGUUUAUAUUCCUGGUUUAGGAACAUUUCAAUUAGAAAAAAUAGAACAACAUCAGUUUCAACGAGAUUCUGAUGGAAUUGUAAAACCUAUUGUUGAAAAAGUUUAUUUACCCCAACCUGAUGUUCAACGAUCAUUAGCAUUUGAAGCUGAUAUAGAUCCAUCAAUUAAUUAUCAAGAUCAAACAUGGCCAACACAGGAAGAACUCGAAAAAGCCGAAAUAGAACAUGCUCAAAUAAAAAAACGUGUACCAAAAGGGACAUCAGAAUAUCAAGCUGCAUGGAUUGUUUCAGAUGAAGAAGAACAAGAUUUCGAAGAUGAUGAUGAAGAACAACAAAAUAUGGUAACUGCUAAUGCUGAUGAAUUAGAAUCAAUUCAACUUAAUCAAGAAGAAUACGAAGAAGAAGAAGAAGAAGAAAUGGAUGAACUUGUUAUGAAUCCAAAUAAUUAUGAUGAAAAAUUAGAUUUAGAAGAAGAUAAACAAACUUUAAAAAAAAUUAAAGAAGCGAAAUUAGAUGAACAAUUUCCUGAUGAAGUUGAUACACCAAUGAAUAUUCCUGCUCGUGUUCGAUUUCAAAAAUAUCGUGGAUUAAAAAGUUUUCGAACAACAAAAUGGGAUCCAAAAGAAAAUUUACCUGAAGAAUACGGAAGAAUCUAUCAAUUUCCUAAUUUUCGAGCAAUGAUUAAACAAAUACAAACUGAACAAGAAGAUAAUCAUGAAAAACAAGAUCAUGCACAGGUACAUAGUUAUGUAACUCUCUAUAUAAAAGAUGUUCCAGUCAAUCGAUUUGAACCUGGUCAUCAUAUAUUUGUUUCCGGUCUUUUACCUCAUGAACAAUGUCUUUCUGUAUUAAAUAUUGUUCUAAAUCGUACAAAUGAUAGUGAAAUAGUACUUAAAUCAAAAGAACGUCUUAUUUUUCAUGUUGGUUUUCGUCGAUUUGCAAGUGCACCGAUUUAUUCUCAACAUUCACAUGGAGAUAAGCAUAAAUUUGAACGAUUUUUUCGACCACGUCAAACAUUAGUUGCAACAUGUUUUGGUCCAAUAACAUAUCCACCAGCAUCUGUACUUGCUUUUAAAGAAUUUCCUGAUGGUCGUCAAGAAUUAGUAGCAACUGGUUCUCUUCUUUCAGUUAAUCCAGAUCGUUUAGUCCUAAAACGAGUUGUUUUAAGUGGACAUCCAUUUAAAAUUCAGAAAAAAACAGCUGUUGCUCGUUUUAUGUUUUUUAAUCCUGAGGAUAUAAAUUGGUUUAAACCAAUUGAAUUGAGAACGCGUUGGGGAAGACGAGGUCAUAUUAAAGAAUCACUUGGUACACAUGGUCAUAUGAAAUGUCAAUUUGACGGAAUUCUUAAAUCACAAGAUACGAUCUUUAUGAAUUUAUAUAAACGUGUUUAUCCCAAAUGGACAUAUGAACCAUUCUCAAUACAACAACACAAAGAAGAAGAUAUGCAAUGA